GUCUUUCUAGCCAAGUGGUGUCUCUAUGGUAGGGUGGGCGGGGCCAGGAGGAAGAUGGCGGCGCCCGCGGCUGCAGUUGAUUCCCAGGCUUCCGGGGGUCUUCGGACCCCAGUGUGCCUGUUGGUGUUGGGAAUGGCGGGGUCUGGGAAAACCACCUUUGUACAGAGGCUCACAGGACACCUGCAUAGCCAAGGCUCUCCACCUUACGUGAUCAAUCUGGACCCAGCUGUGCAUGAAGUCCCCUUUCCUGCCAAUAUUGAUAUUCGUGACACUGUGAAAUAUAAAGAAGUCAUGAAACAAUAUGGACUUGGUCCCAAUGGUGGCAUAGUGACCUCACUCAAUCUCUUUGCUACCAGAUUCGAUCAGGUGAUGAAAUUUAUCGAGAAGGCUCAGAACAUGUCUAAGUAUGUCUUGAUUGACACACCUGGGCAGAUUGAAGUAUUCACCUGGUCAGCCUCUGGGACAAUCAUCACUGAGGCCCUGGCAUCCUCAUUUCCGACGAUUGUCAUUUAUGUAAUGGACACAUCAAGAAGUACCAACCCAGUGACCUUCAUGUCCAAUAUGCUCUAUGCCUGCAGCAUCUUGUACAAAACCAAGCUUCCUUUCAUUGUGGUCAUGAACAAAACUGACAUCAUUGAUCACAGCUUUGCAGUGGAAUGGAUGCAAGAUUUUGAGGCUUUCCAAGAUGCCUUGAAUCAAGAGACUACGUACGUCAGUAACCUGACUCGUUCAAUGAGCUUGGUGUUAGAUGAGUUUUACAGCUCACUCAGGGUGGUAGGUGUGUCUGCUGUCCUGGGUACAGGCUUAGAUGAACUCUUCAUGCAAGUCACCAGUGCUGCAGAAGAAUAUGAAAGGGAGUAUCGUCCUGAAUAUGAACGUCUGAAGAAAUCACUGGCCAGUGCACAGAGCCAGCAGCAGAAAGAACAACUGGAGCGCCUUCGGAAAGAUAUGGGUUCUGUGGACUUGGACACAGGAGCUGCUACAGACAGCUUAUCUCCUGUGCGGGACCCUUCCGACCUGAUCCUGACUCGGGGAACCUUGGAUGAAGAGGACGAGGAAGCGGACAGCGACACUGACGACAUUGACCACAGAGUUACAGAGGAAAGCCAUGAAGAGCCAGCAUUCCAGAAUUUUAUGCAAGAAUCAAUGGCACAGUACUGGAAGAGAAACAACAAAUAGUUUCUGGAAGCCCAAAAGUUUGGAACUCUGUGAAGGAACUAUCCUUACCUCUGAUUGGGGUUACUAUAAUUAAGAACAGUUUUGUUCAGAAUAGCAGUUUCUCUCAUUAGGGAAAUCUCCUGAUGCCAGUGAAGACAGGGAUAGAAGAAAUUUGGACCUGGCAGGUAGACACUGAUUCCGCUUUGCUUUCUCUUGGAUUUUUGCAAGGACAGAUGUUCUGACUGUUCUUGGAUGCUGGUAUUCUGUGUGUAAAACUUCACAUUUUAUCAUUGAACUCAAGUACUUUUGCUGCUGAUGGAUGGAAUAGAGAACAUAUUGUUUACUUCAGAUCUCUAUUAUUAGGCUGGGUCUAUAGCCUCUAUUUCCCUAAUAUCUUGCCCUUGAGCCAUGAGUUCCCCUCCUUUUAGCAGAAUGGGAGGGAAACAUGAGCUUGUACAGGGUGGCAGUGGAGUCUCCUUAGCAACCAAUCUGUUGGUAUGAAAUGUGCCUCAUGCUUGGUAGCUCAUUAUAAGACACUGGGUUUGUUGAAGAAAGUGGGGAAAACAUAUAAUUAAUAAGAAUCCUGCUUUUGAUGGUGACUUGGGUGAAGAGUUUUUAAUUUUAACUUUGUUGUAAGCCUGCCUGUCAUAAUUUAAGAAAAUUAUAUAAUCACAAAUAGAUUCACUUCUGUUCAUCAGAGGUUUAAAGCCACAUGUCCAAACCUGUCUCAGUGAGGUGAUGUUAACUAACAUUUCCCCUGUACACAAACCUAGUAAUCAGGUUAUAGAGCCAGGCCCUGUAUUCUACUUUGAACUUAACGCAAAGUAUCCUUGGUGAUUUACUCAAAGGCCAUGGAUCUGAGUCAGGUGUACAUUCCACAUAUAAGAGCCAUGGUUUACCUGCCUCCACUCUUCACAGUGUCUUAAAGUGUAGCACAUUUCUCUUAAGGAAUUUUAUCCCUGCCUAAUGUGUCCUCCAAGGGUUCUGAAAGUGUGGUCUCUGGGCCAGAAGCAUGAGCAUCACCUGGACAAUCGUUAGAAAGUGACUCUGAAGACCUGAGUCAGAAACUGGGGGUGGGGCCCAGCAAUCUGAACCACUGCUCUAACAACUCAAACAGCCUGUGAUAAUUCCAGACCAGGUGAGUCUCAGUAUCAGUCCUCAUCUGACCUGCUUUAUCAGAGUACCCUAACUUUGACCAUCUGGUGCCUAUUCUCCAACUUUAACAUUCUAAAAAUAAAAGUAUUUUAUUUUACCAUGAA